GUGUUAGAGAAGCUCUCUUGCUCUAUAAAUGAUGGUAGAAUAAUUUUUACAGAAUGACGGUGAAUUCUACUCUAUCUUCUCUGUCUUAUUUCAUCCUUGAAGCGUACAUUGACUUGGGAACGCUGCAAUAUUUUUACUUUGCGAUCACUCUCACAGUGUAUACUGCCAUCGUUGUUGUCAACAUCCUGCUUAUUGUGUUGAUCUGUCUGAACAGGACCUUACGUGAACCCAUGUACAUGUUUCUGUGCAGCCUUUUUAUGAAUGAAGUGUAUGGCAGCUCGUCACUGUUUCCCUUCCUGCUGGUUCAGAUCCUCUCUGAUAUCCAUGCUGUUGCUGCUCCUUUCUGCUUCCUGCAGAUCUUCUGCUUUUAUUCCUAUGUAAACAUUGAGUUCUGUAAUUUAGCGAUCAUGUCCUAUGAUAGAUAUUUGGCGAUCUGCUGUCCUUUAAAGUACAACUCUGUGAUGACCUUUAGCAGAGCGGGUCUGUUUGUUGUCUUGAUUUGGUUGUACUCAUCAGUCAGGUGUAUCAUCAACAUUUGCCUGAGCCUCCGUCUAACACUUUGUGGGAAUGUCCUCAGCAGUCUUUUUUGUCAUAACUACCUGAUAGUGAAGCUGGCAUGUGUGGACACAGAACUGAACAACAUUUUUGGACUUUUUUCCACAACUCUUAGCGUGCUGGUCCCCCUGCUGCCCAUUAUUUACUCCUAUGCUAAAAUCUUAAGUAUCUGUUUCUCUGCUUCCUCCAAGAUGAGACAGAAAGCUGCCAGCACGUGCAUGCCUCACCUUGCUUCCCUCUUAAACUUUGCCUUCGGCUGCCUGUUUGAAAUCCUUCAGACCAGAUUCGACAUGACCAGUGUUCCCAAUGCGCUGCGGUUCUUUCUGUCUCUUUACUUUGGGAUCCUGCAGCCUCUCUUAAAUCCCAUCAUCUUUGGGAUGCGGAUGUCAAAAAUACGUAACAUCUUUAAAGAUUUCCUUCAUAAAAAAAAAACUGCUGAUAUUUUGAAAUGUUGAAAAUUAGGCUGUUCGGUCAUUUAGAGAAGGGAAAAGUUGGGGAAAGAAACAUCUUUUAUUUCAAAUCUCAGAUUGAGAUGAAUGAGCUGAAGGAGGGACAGUUUGUGUAAAACAAACUACAACAAUAAAAACCAACAAAGCAGCCGUCAGAGAGAUGCUGUCAAAAGUUUUUGUUGGACGACAGAAAUAAAGACUAUAUAUUUCUGAGUUCAGGCCCCACUCCCACAGACUACCACUCUGGGUCCCUGAGCAAGACCCUUAACCCCUGAUUGCUCUCUAGGCACCCCACGAU